AUGGCGGAAUCAGUCGUGAAUGAAACUGUGGCGAAUCUUUCGGCGACCGUGAAUGAAACAGCGAAGAAUGUUACUGGAAGAGCCGCGGCAACUCCAGAGGGAAUGUUAAUGGCUUAUUCAAGUUUAGUUUUGAUGGCCCUUUUACCGAUCUUUUUUGGUUCUUUUCGCUCCGUCAAGUAUCUGAUCGAACAGAAGGUUGGUCAUUGAUCACAUAACCUUUUGAUUUAACACUUUUUGUUUUACAUCUUUUUACCUUUCUGGUAUUCACUUAAAACUUAGACGGUACGAUCUUACAGACCAGGAUAUUGGUUAGAAUUCCAGUAAUCUUCUUGGUGAAAGAGGAACUGGUUUUGUCUACGUGUACUUACCUAUAGCUUAAGUUAACAACUUUUUUACCUUCCUCUAUUCCUCUCGCGUGGGUGAAAGGAACAUGGAUAUCAUAGAUCAUUGAUUGACCAAUCGUUCGGUGUAUUAAGAGAAAACAAUUUUACUCGUACAGUAUUCUGCAAUUGCCAAAGUAAUUAGUACUAUGAUUAGUGAAAAUAAAACCAUGUAGUCAAUUGCUUGUUUUCACGAUGAGUUACCGGUUACUUUUUCUGGUUUCAUCUAUUCGCAUAAAUUUGGUAAUAGUUUUCAACUUGGCACAUGUAUUUCUUUGGCCUUUUUAGAGGAGUUUCAUAGCGCAAGAUGUUGUUCGUUAGAGCUUAGACCUUAUGCAUUUUGUUAUUCUUUAUUCUAAGUGUACCAAUAGAUAAGCAUGCCUUACUAUGAGACAAUUCCUCUUUGCUCUUUACGACAAGUAGUUGAACAAAUACAAUUUUGAAAUACAUGUUCUUCUAUUCUUUAUGGUCCAUCAACUAUGUAAUAGUAUAGAGCAGCUGUUGGACCACUCUUUUCACUCUUUUGAAACCUGAUCUUAAAAAGGUUUGAAACCCUUUGAAAUCUUGUUCAAGGAAGUUAAAGCCCUUUCAAUCCCCUCUGAAACCUGUUUCUAUCCAGCUGAGUUGUCAUGGCCAAUUUGGACUAUUUGUGAAGGGAGGAUGAUGUAAAACACUGGCAAAUGGCAAAAUUUGUUAGUUGUGGAAUACCAUUUUCAUUUAAAAAUAGAAAUAUGAGAUGCCCUUUUGCUGAUGCACAUUUUGUGAAAUACUCAGUUUUAUAAAUGGUAUCUUUUUGUAUAUAAAUAGAUGAAGAAGAGUGAUAGAUAGUGAGCUACAUCAUCAGAAAAGUGUCCUAUUUUAGGCCUCAGUUUUUCUUCUCCUUCUGUAUACUGAUCACAUUGACUAAACAUCAAAAUUUUCUUGUUUAUCCCUAUCACCAUACUUUUUUCAAUUUCCUUCACAUCUGUCUGAACAGAAAUCUGGAGAAAAGCCAGAAAGUAUGACAUCAAAAGAUGCUGCCAUGUUUCCAAUCAUUGCCAGCUGUACCCUACUGGGCCUGUAUAUCUUUUUCAAGGUGAGACAUUUAAUAAGCAAACUGAUUUUCUUUGAUGAAGGGCUAGCACUGGAAACACUAGCUUUGAAACUCUUUACAGGAGCCAAUUUAUGUUAUCAAUUCAGUUGAUAAUACUAAAUUUCCCUUUAUAAAACCUGUGAACUUUUAAGUGGAUAAUGCCCAGUAUUUAUUUUUGAAACCAUCUUUCUUAAGUUUGUAGGGUUACCUAAAAACAAAUGUAUUUGUUUCGGUUGGCCCAAAGAACCUUUGUAAAGGUUAUAUGAAAACCUUGAAAUAGGAAUGUACACGUAAAUCAGUCUUUUUUUACAUGGCUUGCCACUCUAUUUGAUUUACCUUUUUCAGAUGAUGCUUUUUCAAUUAAUUCAAAGAAGCUAUAAAAUGAGCCUCAAAAUUUCCAUGCCUUAUGCAAGAAAUCAAUCACUCAAUAUUUAAACAAAAACUACCAACUGGCAUGCAACUUAAAAUAAUUGGCCAAAAAUUUUUUACCAGCACUUCUCUAACUAUGAUCCCCACCCACACAUUUACCAGAUUUGCCUUGUCAUAAAUGUAUGUGUAUGAAUGGUUUUUUUUAAGGAGUGUUUCAGACAUUGUUGGUUUUGUUUUUAUUUUAGAUAUUCAGCAAGGAAUACAUUAACUUGCUUCUAACUUUGUACUUCUUUGGUCUUGGUGUAUUGGCAGUUACUCAUCUGCUCAGGUAAUGUAUGCAUCAGUAGGUGAACAUGAUCAACAUUAGUUUAAGUGUAAUGAAAAUGCCCUUAAAGUUAACCCUUAAAUACCCUUGGGCCCAUGUGUUUAUACAUGUAUGCCCUUCUGGCUGUUGAAGAUUUGCCCUGCCUGAGUGCAAAAUGCCACAGUAAAUUUGGAGUAGAUAAAUUGCACAGUUGUGUGCAAAUGUAUUGUGGCAGAUCAGAUCUGAGUGAAUAGGUUUUUAGGGUUCAGCUUGAGGAGUGAAGAGAUUAUAAUUUAUUGGUCAGAAGACUUUUUUUUUGGUUACUAUUUAACACAAGAAAUCAAAUUACAGUCAUUAAAAAAGCCAAGGAAUUGAUGAAAAGUAAUUAACUUUACAUUACAACAAAUCCAGCUUUAAACAGAUGCUACAGGUGUAAUUACAAACAUACUGUUGUUUUGCCAAAAUUAACAUUCCAUUGGGUGAUUUCUUUGUUAUUAGCAAUGACAUUAAUGACUGUAUUGUAAUCUCAUGUACAAGUCAAGGGUAAUUGUGUGGGCAACUUCCAGUCAGCCUUAUGCUGUGCACAUGGCCAACUUGAAAUUACAAACCCAACUUUUUGCUCCAACCAAUUGUAUAUGUUGGUUGUAUUACCAUUACUAAAUGGAGAGUUGAUCGAUGCGGCUUUUGGUCUCCUACAUUUUGGAUCUUUCUGUUAUGAUUGAAACCCCACUGUUCCUUCUUCCUUUGCAGACCAAAUGUUGAGCUUUUGUUGCCAGCAGCAUUUCCAAAUAAGAACUAUACCCUUGAUCUUAUAGAGGGAAAGGGUGAAAAAAAAUCAGGUAAUUGCAUUUAUUAUUCGUGUAUCACUCAGUUAGUAUGUGUGCCAUGAUUGAUGAAAAUUGUGAGCUGUAUUUUACUUUACAGCCUGCUAAAUUCUAAAGUUUCUUUGAAUUGAAAUCUCUCCCCUCUAUUUGAACUCAUGGAUAUAACAGAUAUUGUACUAACCUUGUUUUCUCAGUCUAUGCUAUUAAAGUUACAAACCAAGUUUUCCCAUUAGUAUUUAAGGCUGGCCUGCUUUGCGUUUGCAUCAUGUGCUCUUUUGUAUAUCCUCAAAGGUGCAUUUUAUGCAGAUUGUUUUCUUUACCUCAUAGAACUGGUGCACUAUGAGUUUGACAGAAUAGACUUGCUUUGUCUGGGCAUCUCGGCUGUACUGGGAUUGUGGUAUUUAUUGAAGAAGGUUAGUUGACUGUAUACUUUCACAUUUCAUCAUAACGCAUCUCAUCAGGUUGAGGACAGUCUCAGAUGUAAAGUUUGCUUGGGAAGGAAAUCAUUCAAGAUGUGGUAUUAACUUAAUCCUUCACACCCCAAUAUCAAAAUUCACAUUCUCCAUAAUUUUCUUUAUACCUUUCCUUUGGUACUGACAAGGAGAAUAUGUUUAGCAAUCAAUACUUCUCUGUUUGGUGAGCACUUCUUCUAUUGUCAUGAUCUUAAUUGCUGAUUUGGCUGUAUUACUGUAAUGAGAAGUUACAGGAUGGUCACUGUCAGGGUUGAAAGGGUUACAUGUAAGUCAAAUAAACCAAUGAUGGCUGGUGAGGGUCAUGAUUUAUACAUUGACACUAAUUACAGUUUUAAAAGUUAGAAUUUCUUCCCUAUGACUAUCUGUUAAUUAAUAUGUAGUUUCUCUACUACCUUAAAACAACUAUUGUAGUUGCUAAAUUGAAAAAUGUUCUUAAAAAUUUCUAUUUUAAUGGUCCAACAGUGUAACAAGAGAAACUUAUUUGGCAAUUAAACAGGCUUUGUGUGCAAUUUAACAGUAAGGCAAUUUUCUAUUCCCUUGCAGCACUGGAUUGCCAAUAACAUAUUUGGUCUGGCUUUCUCUCUCAAUGGAGUUGAGCUGCUUCAUUUGAACACAGUAACAACUGGCUGCAUUCUCCUGGGAGGUCUCUUUGUAUAUGACAUAUUCUGGGUAUGUACCUCAGUUUCUGAAGAAAUUCUAGAUGAAAAAACAUUAUUAAGAGUUACGGAAAGUGAUUUACUUUUUACACAUAUUCCUCUAAGAAAAGUUUCUCUAUACCCUUCACAGUUCUGUUUUCUGCAGAUGUAAUCCAAAUUCUAAAUUUUUGUCAAGCUUCCCUUCUGUCUUUUUUUGGUCAUUAUUUUUAUUUUCCUCUCCCCUCCAACCCUCUCUGUUUAAUCUCCUUCACUUGGUACUCUUAACUUCCCCAUUGUACCCACCCACCCCAACCACCCCUUUCCUAGAGGUAGUAUGCAGGAAGUAAAAUUCUGACUUUUGUUCAAAUCUUAUUUAUAUUUUAGGUUUUUGGAACAGAUGUUAUGGUGACUGUAGCCAAAUCCUUUGAGGCACCAAUCAAAUGUAAGCUAUCAAAGCAGAGAGAGAGAGAGAGAGCUUUCACUCCUUUUCUUGCAAGGAUACUUGUAGAGCAAAUAACUCUGUUUAUAGUGUCCUUUUACACUUGUGAAUUGUAUUCAACUAAAAGAGGGUAACAUUAAUAUCUAACUACAUUACUCAACCAUAGAAGCACUGUUUUAUUGGCAAAAUGUUCAGUAAAAGUUCUUAGGAACUUGAUGCCCAACCAUUGGAUUUUUUCAAAGUAAUUGUCUGCAACUUAACCCUAAACAUAAAUGCCUAUGGUAGUGGUUUCCAGAGAGAUAAAAUUGUAUGUCUAUGCUUUUUAAAAUAUUAUCAGUCUAGCAAUCUGUCCCUGUUAAGGUCCUGAAUGAAAUUUAAACAUGCUGAACAAAUGUGUCAUGAUGCAUCCGUCAUUGUUGUAAUAGCAAGCUGCACACAUGAUAUGGUUUGUCUCUUUAUUAAAUUCAUUUUUUCCUUGACCCAACUACAGUGAUAUUUCCAAUGGAUCUUCUUGAAAAAGGACUAUCAGCAUCCAACUUUGCUAUGCUGGGACUUGGAGACAUUGUUAUACCAGGUGAGUUGAAUUGCAGUCUAUGAAUGUUAAUACUGUACAAAGUUUCUUUUUUACCAGUAUGUUUGUCAUAAUACAUGUAAAUUGAUGAAGAUUUGUCUCUCUUCUUGUUAUUUUUCAGGGAUUUUUAUUGCACUUCUGUUGAGGUUUGAUCAUAGGUGAGUGGUCUUGAUUAAAAUUUGCAGCUUUUCCUACUUGACUUGUAAGAUUUGACAAGUAAUUGUCCAUAUAAGAGUGAUGGCACAUGCUGGCUUAGAAUGCUGGAUGUUGUAAAGUUUAAUAUUGUUUGUACCCUACUUUAGAUCAGCAAAAAUUAUCCCAGCUUCUCAAAGCAGCAUAUUUUUUUAAUUAUCCUAUCAACAAACCUCUUUGUUAUAAAAUGUACUCUGACUUUAUUUGACACAAAACUGCUACAUAUGGAAUUUUGGAUUUUCUUGUCCAUUGUUUGCCUCUCCUUUAAUUAGUUGAAACCUAAUAUGUAAAGAAAAGGUGCAAUGAUAAUGGGAUUGAAGUACAUGUAUGAGAAUUUGACUAAUACUCAGCCUGAAGAUGAAACCAUCCCUGUGUGAAAAAUUCAUGUUGUUGCAAGGCAACUUAAGAUUAUGCUGUGUUGUUUUCUCUGGAUUAUUCCUUACUACAUGUGCUUCUAUUUGUUGUGGAAAUUGGCAUGUGAAUAUUUGUGAUUGCAUUUGUAUUGAAAAAAUCUGAAAGGCACAUAUUUAUGAAAUUUUCUGUUGACAGCAGUAAGAAAGACAAGACCAGCCGUGUGUAUUUCUACUCUGGCUUUGUUGCAUAUUUCCUGGGCUUGGUACUGACUGUUUUGGUGAUGCAUACCUUCAAGGCUGCCCAACCUGCCUUACUGUAUCUGGUACCAGCUUGUCUGGGGACCCCAAUAACACUGGCUCUCUUAAGAGGAGAAAUUUCUGAUUUGUUCAAGUAAGUUUGAUUGAGACAGUCAUUUAAAUUGUCUUCAUACAGAGCUGUAUAUUAAAUGUUAAUGUGCAGUCAGUGGUGUACACCCUUCUUUUGUGGCACUGUUACCAAAUGGUUACUUGCUUCUACUUCUUGUCUUUUCAACUCUUUGGCUUUGCUUUGUUUAAAACCAAUUGGUUUCAUUCCAAAUGAGACUGCAAGCCAGAUUCUUUUAUUUGAAAUGCUUUUUUCAAUAUUCUGAUGUGAAGAUGUGGUGAAUGUUAUUUGAAACCUUGCUACAAGUCCUCAAAUUAUUUUUUCAAUAUUGUUCUAGGCUCACUAAUAUUUUUGCUGUUGUGACAUUGUGCUGAAAUAAUUACUGAUCUAUUUUCAAAGUGGAACGUAGAGUCUUGAACAGGUCUCCAAGGCAUGAAAAACCUUCAAAAAAGUGUUUUAAAUUGAGAGGGUUAAGUUUAAAACUUCAUCAACUUAUAUGGUAAAUCACACAGAAUACUAGUUACAUGGUCCAAAGGACAGACACGUUUUCAAUUCGGCGUGGAAAGUAACGUGGGGAUAUAUUUAUUUUGUAUUACUUUGCCCCAUGACUCAUCUAGAGAACUCAUGCAAUCCUUUUGGCCAAUCAGGUGCAAUACUAAAACCAAGUGCGUUUGAGGGUGUCUUUGAGUUCCUAUCGGCUCCCUAGAACAUUUUCUUAUGUUCUUCAGUCAUUACUAUCAUUAUUAUUAUUAUUAUUAUUAUUUUUUAUUUUUUUUAUGAUAGAAAGUAAACUUUAAUUCACUAAAAUUAUAUUCCUACAAUAUAGUAUAAACUUAAUUAAAUUAAAAUCUGUCAUAGGUCUCAUUUCACAUAGUUAUUUUAUUCUAAUGAUUACAUUCUAAUGAUUACAUUCUAUUGACUACAAUCUGUUACUUCCUAAUCCUAUCCUUAACUAUUUUUUAGUUCAACCUAGCUCAAGGGAAAUAUCAUGGAAAAUCUUAUCAGAAGAUUAAAAAAAAAUCCAUCUUACAUAUUAAAAAUCCAAAAAUAUUCUAAAAAACAAACAAACAAACACACAAAAAACCAAAAACUAUUCUCUAAAUCCAGCUUGUUCUUUUUCGAUCUCAAAGUCACAAUGUUCAAUGUUCAAUGUUCAAUUAUUAUUAUUAUUGUUAUUAUUAUUAUUAUUAUUAUUAUUAUUAUUAUUGUUAUUAUUAUUAUUUUUAUUAUUGUUUUUUUGUAAUAUUCGAUCAAAACACGCUCUUUGUGUGUAACACGACUCAUACGUGUCUACAUCAUUACAGGUACGAGGACAACCCUGAGAAAGAUACCAAGGAGGAAGACAAAGCUAGUCAAGAAGAAAGCAGCGAAGAAGUCAACGACGAAACAAAGAAGAUUCUGUAAUCGGACAAUACCUCUAAUAAAUUAUUGCGCCGUUAUUUUUAAUUUAAUUUUACCUUCCAUGUUAGGCUCUCAGCACUAGAUUAGACAAAGACAUGAAAUCUGUUAAAAGCAUAUGAAACACUUCAAGAUUAAGUUCACGCCUUUAGAGUAUCAUGUUGAAUGCUCUCCACGGACAUGUGUAUCUAUUUUUCGGAACACUUUUGUGUGACAUCCACCUUAAGCUGGAGUCGCCUAUUAAGAGAGUGUUAUUUAAAGUGGAAGGACACAAUCUUCGUUGUGCGGAGCCUGGGUUCUUUUGCUCUUUGCUUGCGUGGAAAUGAUGUUUUGUUUUGUUGAUGGAGUACCCCAGUCCAAUUUCUAGGAGAGAAAAAACCUUACAGUGAGAAAACUGGCUAGAAAGAUCCUGUUUUGGAGAAGCUGAUAUGCGAUUUUACUCGCUAGAAAAUGAACGUACGCUUUUCCUGAUAUUUUUCCAAAGAUUUCCAUGGAGGCUUAGUUCUUGUUGGGUUUUUAGUUUUACUCUUAGCUCAAGAUGUUGUUUAUGGUAUGCAAGAUGUUGCUGUUGUUUAUGAUAUGCUAAAAGUUAAGGGAAGUAAAUCUUAAAUGGGGGUAAAAUUCAGUAUCAAUAUACUGGUUUGCUUCAUGUGGGGAUUAAACUGACUCGCUGGGUAUCAUUAAGCACCAGCAUUUGACUAUCUACAUAUUUCUCAAAUGGUGUAAUUACUCACUUGAAAUCCAAUCAGUU